AUGUCUCGAAGGGACAAUUUCAGGAGUAGCUUUGGUGCCCAGAUGCCUCCGGCAUAUCCUGCUAAGCACUUCAAUGACCCUCGAUACAACCAGUCUCCGCCCCACGUGACCCCCGGCUCGUCGUACCAUGGAUCACCUGCACAGUCUCCAUACGGUGCAAAUGGCCGCGGCGGUUGGAAUGGUUCGCAUCAAUAUUCACCACACGGCCAGUAUCCCCCACAGCAUUCCCAAGGCACCUUCGCGCCACCUACCGGGCCACAGGCCCAAUUCCACCAAAACCAGUCACCCCCUUUACCCCCAACCGGUCCUGCAAACCCGCAAGGUCGCGGCUUUUCGAGAGGGGGCUUUCGAGGCGGCAAUAUCAACCCGGCCCGUGGUGGCUCCCGUGGAGGUUCCAACCUCAAGAGCUCGCCAUUUGGUGCACCCACCGGUCCAGCUGCGAGUCGAAGUCACCUCAACCACUCUGGCGAAAGCACCCCUCAGCAUGCCAGUCCUCACCAUACAGCUUCGAACCAUUCAGAACCGGCUUCUGUGAAGGAAGGAUCUGGAGGCGAUGAGAACCCGUUCAGGCCAUCGAAAGACCUUCAGGUAGAGGAUUCCACACCCGAAAAGAAGGAUGACGAACAAAUGCCACCGCCUACUACCCGGGCUCCCCCUACCGGCCCGGCGGCAGGCACGUCGGGUUCCAAAUUCAGUUUUGCGUUCAAGGCUACGUCGAAAGCUCCAGUUGCAGCCCCUAAGCCGGAGAUCUCGCAGAAGUUUAGCGCAGCUCCUCCCAGAAGAGAUCCGCAGCCUGUCGAUGAUCGAAGCAACCGAGAUCGAGACCUGCCACGAGGUGUACCGACCGAGCCCGCAUCGUCUAGAGCACGGUCCGAGCAGCAACACAACAGGCAUCACCUACCCGAGACCCCUAGAACAAGAAAGGUCAAGAAGAUAGAAAGGCGGCUGAAGCCUAAGCCCCAACUGCCACCCGAUCUAGCCACAUCCGACUCCGUGUUCUUCAGGAAACCCGGCAACGAAUCGGUGGUUGGCUCUGGAACAUACGGCAAGGUUUUCAAAGGGUUGCACGUGUACACCAAGAGGCUGGUUGCUCUGAAGAAAAUUCGCAUGGAAGGGGAAAGAGAUGGGUUCCCCGUUACUGCUGUCCGUGAGAUAAAGCUGCUUCAAUCACUCAAGCAUCUCAACAUCGUAAACCUCCAAGAAGUCAUGGUGGAGAAGAACGACUGCUUCAUGGUGUUUGAAUAUCUCUCUCACGAUCUCACGGGAUUACUGAAUCAUCCGUCCUUCAAGCUCGAUGCUGGUCAGAAGAAGCACCUGGCAAAGCAGCUCUUUGAAGGCCUGGACUAUUUACACGGCAGGGGCGUUCUACAUCGCGACAUCAAAGCAGCAAAUAUUCUCGUCAGCAGUGACGGAAUACUCAAGAUUGCAGACUUUGGUCUGGCCCGCUUCUAUGCGAAACGGCAUCAGCUCGACUACACGAACCGUGUCAUUACCAUUUGGUACAGGUCUCCGGAGCUGCUCUUGGGCGAGACGCAAUAUACGGCUGCCGUUGAUGUGUGGAGCGCCGCUUGUGUGCUGGUUGAAAUCUUUACGCGUCAUGCCAUCUUCCCGGGCGACGGGACUGAGAUGAGCCAAUUGGAGAGAAUCUAUGCCAUCCUAGGUACACCAAACAAGGCCGAAUGGCCAGAUGUGGUUAAGAUGGAGUGGUUUGAGCUACUGAGACCCGGCUAUCGCAAGCCGAACGUCUUUGCCGAAAAGUACAAGGAGCGAGUACCUGCUUCUGCUUUCGAGCUUCUUGCCUCCAUGUUUCAUUAUGACCCAGCGAAGCGACCCUCUGCCGCUGAGGUGUUGGGACACGCAUACUUCACGACGGAGCAGCCGCCUCCUCGCCAGGCUAUUGAACUCGCUGAUAUCCAGGGUGACUGGCAUGAGUUCGAGUCGAAGGCGUUGCGUCGUGAAAAGGAAAAGCAGGACCGAGAAGCCCGCAAGGCGGCAGGAGCGAAAGAUAGUGGCCAUCGUGACCGUGAGAGGGACAAGAAACGCUCUAAUUCCUCCCACGAAGCCCAGCGCGAACCUAAGAGGCCGCAUAUCGAGUCUCGAGCCGCAUCUUCGAACAAACCAUCGGCCUCUGCCGCGGCUCAAUCUGGCAGCGGUGCUAGUGGCGCAGUAGUCAACUAG